AUGGUAAAAUUGCAACGGUUUACUAAGGAGAAGACUUUGGUUCACGAAUUCGGCAGGUAUAUCCUUGAAAAGCAAGACUUGGCGUUGGCGGGUAACGAUGAUGCAGUGUUUAACAUUGCCAUUAGCGGAGGAUCGAUGAAUCAGGUACUGUACGAAAGUUUGGUAACUGACAAAAACAUAUUCCCACACAUUAAAUGGCCGCAAUGGAGAAUAUUUUUCUGCGACGAAAGAUUGGUGCCUUUUGAAAGCCCCCAGAGCAACUACGGUCAGUUCAAGAGAACCGUUUUGGACCCUCUAGUGCACGAGGACGACCAAUUGAACUUAGGCCCCACAGUGUACACAAUCAAUGAAUCAUUGAUUGGUGGGGGUGAAACGGCUAAUAAGAAGAUCGCUGAAGAGUACGAUUCUUUGCUACCAGCAUCAUUCGAUCUGAUUUUACUCGGAUGUGGUGACGAUGGACAUACGUGCUCGUUGUUUCCUGGGGUGGAAUUCAAUUAUCUCGUAGAGGAGAUGGACCGUAAAGUUUUAUGGUGCUAUAAUUCACCGAAGCCACCUAAGGACAGGAUCACAUUUACUUUAACUGUUAUUGCAGAAGCUAAGAACGUGUGCUUCCUUGUUAAGGGAUUUGCUAAAAAGGCUAUCAUGCAUGACGUGCUAAUUGUAAAGAAUGGCGAACUACCUAGUGUGUUGGUUAAUGAAAUGGUUGGGACGAAGGUCACAUGGUUUCUCGAUGAGGAAGCAGGCGCGUUAAUUCCCCAGAACUGCUAG